GUGUUACCGACGACCGAGAUGGCCAAGAAGGCGAAGGGAGACGCAGCAGCCGAGGGAGCCGACGCGCCGGCCCCCGCCCGAAAGGCCUCGGCCUCAGCCUCGCGCCGCAGCGACGACGAUGACCAUAGCGACGGCGCGGGCUCCGAGGCCAGCCACCGCCAGCACGACCGCCCGCGCUUCGACUCGCGGGUCUCGUGGGCCGACUCGACGCGCCUCGACCGCUUCGACUCGCGCGCGUCCAUGAUGAGCAACCGCGACCGCUCUGACUCGAAGGCCUCGGUGCGCAGCACGUCGAGCCGCGUGAGCACCAAGAGCCUCCGUACUGCGGCCAACAAGGACCUCCCAAAAGCCGAGUUGGACGCGAUCGACGAAGAGGACUACCAGUUCGUCUCGGCGUUCGCGGACUUUGACGUGCACGACCAGCCGAUCCGCGAGCAGCUGCAAAAGUCCCUCGACAUUGUCAACGAGCACACGUCCAAGCUCAAGGAGAUUGAAGACGCCUUGUCGGCCGCCAUGUCGGAAGUGUGGGGCUACUGGGCGGACCCGAUCCAAAUGCACUUGCACCCGGCCGAGCGCGUCGACGUCCAGGACCUCAUCCGCACCGACAACGAGCUCUUCAACAAGGUGCUCACGGUCUUUGCGGUGCUCUGCGACGAGAUCUCGGAGCUCAAGGUCACGGUCGAAGACAACUUUUACCCGGCGCUCAUCAUGUUUGGGCAAGCCAAGCAUGGCGACAACGCAGCUGUCAAGCCCGGCGAGGACGAAGUGCACAUCGGUCGCAUGCUGCCCUUCUUUCAAGAUAUCUCCAACUUUGUCGAUCGCUGCAGCUUGAUCGCGAUCAACCUCGUGCACCAGCUCGCGUCGCUGUACCAGAGCUACCAAAAGCUAUGGAAGUCGACGUUCAAGCACGUGCAUUUGACGUCGGUCUACGACGCGUUCGCCAACCUCCUCGAGAUUCUCAUGACGCUCGAUAUGAUUGUCCUCGACAACCCCAACAUUGUCACGUCCUGGGACAAGUACAAGCGCAUGAUGCAGUACGUGCGCGCCGACCCCGCGCGCUACAACGUGACGCUCGAGAAGGUCAAGUCGUUCGAGCAGCUCCUCGUCAACCUCGAUCAGACCUUUAUGGGGGCCAAGUGCUUCCAGACGUGCAUUGAGCAGGACUUUGAGACGCUCCUGUCGUUUGAAGACAGCGAAGACGAGGAGGACGAGGAGGACGAGGACGACGACGCUGCGCAGGCCAAGACGAUCGACGUGCGCAACAACCGCGUCUUCCUCGACGAGUUUUUCCACUGCCUCAGCACGCGCAUCCAGUCGAUCGAGGCGGCGCUCGGCACGCCGGCGGAGACGUACGAGCGCACGCAGCUCGUGGGUACCACGGGCUUGUACGUGAUGUUUCGCAAGCUCAUGCCGCCGAAUGUGCUUCCGGACGCAGCGCUCUACGAGAAGCUUUGGAGCUGCCAGCUCAAGGCGCCGAUCGUCGUGCUCUGUGGGCGCCUCAACUGGUGCCUCCCCGAGUUUCUUCUCAAGUACGCACCGCUUCAAGCCAAGAACGGCCCCGCCAUCGACGUGCUCGACGCGCGCAAGCAGUACCUACUGCGUAUGGACGAGACGUUUGCGGACGAUGUACAUUUCGUGCAGAUGGAAGUCCGCGCGUGGCUCGUCCGUUUCGAGUCGUUCUUUCAGUGGACAACCCGCGGCUCGGGGGACACGGCACGCGUUCUCGGGAUUCGCGGCAACCUCAUCGUCAAGGGUCUCAUUCUCGCGCGGCGCGUGCAGACCAUGAUGCAGACACUCGUGCAACUGCACUUGCUGCUCAAGAUUCCGAUGCCGAAGCGCAUUGUGCGCCCGUUGUAUCAAUGUAUCGAGAUGACGAAAGCGAUCGAGUUUAUGAUGGCGCGCAAGAACCCGAUUUUGGCCGAAAGCGCCGCGCUGGUUCUGCGUCAAGUGGCGCAUGCGCUCACGCUCUUCUUCCGGCCCAUCAAGGCGCGGCUCGAAGCGAGCAAGCGCUUUGACGACACCAAGCUCGACGUGCUCGCGGCCGUCUCGGUCGUCGAGGAGCUCUUGCACUCGGGCGAAUCCUUCUCGUACACCCGCUUGACGGUCUUGUCGCUGGCGCUGCAGAUUGCGCUCAUUCCCGACGUGGUCGAGACCGGCAGCGAUGCGAAAAAGCCGGCGACGCCCGCUGUCAACCCGAUCGAAGCGCUCAAGCACCUCUGGAAGAUGCACGUGCUGAGCGACUUUCAGCGCAAGAUCCGCGUUGCGUGCGACUGCUCGUUCUUGUACUGGAGCCGCGAGCUCUUGCAUCUCUUUGUCCAAGACAUUUACUCGAUGCCCGAGCAAGCGUCGCGCCUCCAAUACGUCGUUGGUGGGUUUCUGGACGCGAUGAAGUCGCUCCAAGGCGCGCAACACGAAGUCGACACGGCGGGGUACGUGGCCGCGUACGCCAAGUUUAUCGAGGGCGUCGUCGAAGAAGAGCUGGUCGCGCCACUCUGCAUGGACAUUGAGAACGACCUCCGCCUGCAUAUUCACUCGGUGCAUCUGGACCACAUGCAAGCACCAAACCCGCUCACGCACACCGACUUCAAGGUGCUCCAUUACUUUAUGGACUUGCGCCCGCUGCGUCUCUGGGGCAAAGAGCUCGAUUUGCGCGACCGUGUGACGCACUACCUCGAGUCGACGUUCUACAAUCUCACGACCGUCGCGCUCCACGACUGGAAGACGUAUGGCGAAAUGCGGCAGCUCGCCAACGACAAGUACGGUCUCCAGCUGGCCGAGAACCAUCUUCCGAUGGGGUCUUUGGACCAAGGUCUGGACAUUCUCCAGAUCAUGCGCAACAUCCACAUCUUUGUGGCGCGGUACAACUACAAUUUGAACCAGCAGUUCUUUCUCGAGCGCCGUUCGGACAAGGGGUCGCGCCACCUGAACGGGAUUUCGAUCCACAGCAUUGCGUCGUCGAUCCGGACGCACGGCAUGGGCAUCAUGAACACGACCGUCAACUUUACGUACCAGUUUCUGAGCAAGAAGAUGGACAUUUUCUCGCAGUUCCUCUUUGACGACUACAUCAAGAGCUUCCUCAAGCGCGAGCUGCGCUGGUACAAGAGCCACAAGGACGACGCGGACGUCGACCACAAGUACCCGUACUCGCGCGCGUUCGAGUUCAACAAGGAGAUUCGCCAGCUCGGCGUCUCGGACGCGGGUCGUACCUUCCUUGACCAGUACCGCAUCCUCAUCACCGAGAUUGGCAACGCGCUCGGGUACGUGCGCAUGGUGCGCUCGGCGGGCAUGAACUACUGCAGCAACGCGAUCAAGUUUGUGCCGGACCUCAACCAGCGCAACUUUGAGUUUGCGCCCGUUGUCCAGGACCCGAUGCUAUCGAGCGAGACGGUGGUCGCCGCUUCGAACCUCGACACGGCGCUCUUCAACCUCUCGAAGAACUUCAGCGAGGACAACAACUACUUCAAGGUGCUCGUCCAAGUCUUCCAGGAGGCGAUAUCGCCCGACGAGCAAAAGCACCUCGCGCUCUUCUACCAGAUCAUUCCGGCGCUCACCAUCAACUUCAUCGAGACGUCGGUGCAGGCCAAGGACCUCAUGUACAAGAACACGCGCCGGCGCGAGUCGUACUUCACCGACGACGGCUUUGCGAUCGGGAUCGCGUACUUUCUCGCGGUCCUCAACCAAGGCGAGGCCUUUGACGCGCUCCACUGGUUUGAAGAGGUCGAGCGCAAGUACGAGGCGGACGAAGCGUCGUACAACGCCAAGCAGGCCGAGCGCGACGCGCGCAAGACGGAGGCGGCCGCCAAGAACAAGAAGGAGACGACGGCCGAGCUCAUUGACGACGAAGAGGAGGUCCACACGCUCCAGCUCACGGCCAAGCGCAUUGAGCUCCAUCGCCGCGAGUUUGAUCUUCUCAACUGGUCGCUCAACGGCGCGCGCAUCUUCUUCAAGGACUAGAGAAGAGUCGCAUGGACAUUGCAUGUGUAUAUGAUGAUGACAACGAAGAGGAAUCCAUGAGAAGAUGGUGUCUAGCGGA